AUGUCUAGUUUGCCUUGGUGUACAAUUGGAGAUUUUAAUGAUAUGCUCUCUCAGCAAGACAAGCAUGGAAUCCACCCUCACCCCAACUGGCUUUGCAAUGGUUUUCGAGAUACUAUUAGUGAUUGUAAUCUUGUCGAUAUCCCUCUAGAAGGACACCAAUAUACUUGGGUUAAGAGCCGAGGAACUGACCGUAUGGUUGAGGAGAGAUUAGAUCGUGCUUUAGCUAAUACUUCUUGGUUGGAGAUGUUUCCGGCAGCUAAGCUAGCUAACCUCAUCGCAUCGCAUUCGGAUCAUUCUCCUAUUCUUCUCUCGUGCGAUCCUGCCCUUCAACAUCGGCGGCAUCAUGCUUUUAGAUUUGAAAAUUACUGGCUAGAAGAAGAUGAUAUAGAAGACGUUGUUCGACAAGGGUGGCAGCAGGAAAGAUCAUGUGAUGUUACGAAACAAAUUGCUAAUUAUGCUAAAGACUUAGAGAAGUGGAAUAAUAGAAAUAGAAGAAGAAAGAAGGAGGAGAUAGAUCGUCAUAAAUCAAUUAUGGAGUCUUACCGCAACAGCCACGACUCAGAAGCGAACUUCCGCUUUCUUGAAGCCCAACGUGAAUAUGACAAGGCUCUCAUUAAGGAGGAUCUUUAUUGGCGGCAACGAGCUAAGAUGCACUGGUACCGAGAUGGUGAUCGCAACACCCACUUUUUCCAUCAAUCGGCAACGGCGCGUAGGAACUUUAAGCAAAUAAGAAUGCUGAAGAAUGAAGAGGGUAAUGAAGUUGCUGAACAUGCAGAUUUAAGUAAUGUGGCUAGGAGUUAUUUUGAAUCUCUCUUCACUAAAACAGUAGGAAAUUAUGAUGGUAUUCUUAAUUUGUUUCAGCAAGUGAUUAGUGGGGAAGAUAAUGAGAAACUUGUCCGCCCUAUUAAAUAG